AGCACAGCUCCAGUCUUCCCUUCCUAAUUUUCUCCCUUCUUCUUCUUCUUCUUCUUCAGUCGAGUGGAGGGAACGUCGUCACUGAGUCAGUCAAUAUUGCCGUCACUGGAAAAAAUAAUGAAGACUGGAGAAAGCCCAUUAGCCCACCCCAAAAGCCCGCUUUAGCUACGCCAUUAGCCCACCUCCGCCAGACUUAGCACGAAAGAAAACAGCACAGCUCCUCUCGUCCCUCCCUAAUUUUCUCCCUUCUUCUUCUUCUUCUUCAGUCGAGUGGAGGGAACGUUGUCACUGAGUCAGUCAAUAUCGCCGUCGAUUGUGAACCAGCAAAAGAAAAUCUUGAGAACCCAGUAAAGUGCGAUGGGGGAGCUGGCAAGUCAGAAACAUGUUCAGUUCAUUGUAUCAGUCGAAAAGAAGAAGGAUUCUUUUGAGUCAGUGGUGAUGGAGCAUAUAAGAAUGAAUGGGGCAUACUGGGGUUUGACUGCUCUUGAUCUUCUUGGGAAGCUGCACGUCGUGGAUGUCGAGGAGGUUGUUUCCUGGGUCCUCCAGUGCCAACAUGACUCAGGUGGGUUUGGUGGUAACAUUGGGCAUGACCCACAUGUACUAUAUACGUUAAGUGCUGUGCAGGUUUUGGCCUUGUUCAACAAGCUUGAUGUUCUGGAUAUUGAAAAGGUUGCAAGUUAUGUGGCUGGGCUGCAGAAUGAAGAUGGAUCAUUUUCAGGGGACAUGUGGGGUGAAAUUGAUACACGGUUUUCUUAUAUUGCUAUCUCUUGUCUCUCAUUACUACAUCGUUUGGAUAAAAUCAAUGUGGAGAAAGCUGUGAACUUCAUUUUAAGUUGUAAGAAUCAUGAUGGCGGAUUUGGAUGCAUACCUGGUGCAGAGUCUCAUGCAGGUCAAAUUUUCUGUUGUGUGGGUGCUCUUGCCAUCACGGGGUCACUACAUCAUAUUGACAAGGACCUUCUUGGAUGGUGGCUAUGUGAGCGGCAAGAUAACAAAACUGGAGGUCUUAAUGGUCGACCAGAGAAACUUCCUGAUGUCUGCUACUCAUGGUGGGCUCUUUCUAGUUUGAUCAUGAUUGACAGAGUUCAUUGGAUCAAUAAAGACAAGCUUAUCAAGUUCAUUUUAGACUGCCAGGACAUUGAAAAUGGAGGAAUUUCUGACAGACCAGAUGAUGCUGUAGAUGUUUACCACACUUACUUUGGUGUAGCUGGACUCUCCCUUCUCGAAUAUCCAGGGUUGAAAGCCAUAGAUCCAGCAUAUGCUUUGCCGGUUGAUGUUGUAAAUAGGAUUAUUUUAGACAGAUAAAGGCUUUGUUUGCAACACUCUGAUUUGGUUGAGCUUGCUGCAAUUUGACACUUUUGUGGUUCUCUAAUAGGUCACAACUCUCAACACCUUACUGAUAUGUAGAAUAUACGUUUUUCACUUUGGAUGAUCCAUAGACAUUCCAGUGGUAGUUGGAUGAAAUGAGUAAAUUAAGUUCACAGCUGUAGCGUGUAGCAGCCACCACCCCACUCCAUGAAUGAUGGAUCUCAUUUAUGAAGUGUGUUUCGGAGUCUGGGGAUUGAACUCUGUCUGGACUUAGAAAAUUGUGGUCCCUGUUCUUCAACAUUCGAUGUCAUCCAAUUCCAAGUUUCCUUUUCUA